AAUGUGAACUGCAAUGGUUGGAGUAGGCCAGUUAAAUUCAUUUGUAUACUGUACCUCCUAAUAUUUCAGACCGAUUAUAGACUAUUAUAGACUAAAUUCAGGGAAGAAAAUAUGCAUUUUCAAAUCAUUUUAACGGGGCCAAUAUGACAUUACACCGGAUAUGAUUGUGACCUCACCCUGCUUGAUAUGCUUGUCAUGAGCAACGGGGCUGAUGGGUAGGAUUUAGAUUCUCACUGUCUCUGUUCCACACUCCAGUACGGUAGGUGUCUGUCUUUAUCAAGUCGCAAUGGUGUGCCUUUCGUCUGAACAGUAUUUCCUCAUUGGAUUGUGGUCCAGCAGAAUACAACACUUUUGACGGGCAGUGCUGCCCAAUGUGUGUCUACAGGUCAGUUCAUCUCCAUACUUCAAAACUCCUAAGAACUUCAUAAAUCCAGUGUGUGGGUCUUCCAGUGAGUUGGUGAGGAUUGAGGAACCAUGGAACAGUUUGAAAGCUUGAUAUGGACUAUACCUAUAACUUCUAUACUUCUAAACAUUGAACCCUGUUUCACAUAUAUUCGCCCCAUCUAUAAAAUAGGCGAUAGAUAUUGCAGAAUGUGUAGGCCUGGAUAUCGUGUAAAUAGUCAUUGUACUAAAUCUACAAUCACCUCCUGUGUGCCCUGUAUUAACUCCACAUUCCUUGAUGAGCCCAGUGAGAAAACAACAUGCAACAACUGUACCACAUGUGAUCCAGGUUUGGGUUUGAAGGUAAAGCAGCCAUGUAGACCUUCAUCAGACACUGUCUGUUGGACACUGGAGGGGUUCUACUGUCUAGACCCAACUAAGGAUGGUUGUAGAGCAGCCCAGAGACACAGCAGCUGUAAACCUGGUCAAUACAUCAGCCACACAGAUGGAUCAUUAACAUCUUGUCAACCACACACAGAAUGUGAAUUCUUGGAAAUUGAACCAGGAACUCCUUGGUCGGAUUCAGAAUGCGGAGUAACCUCACUUCCCACAGCUGGAAUCAUAGCUGGUGUUCUGAUAGGUUUCCUGAUAGCCACCAUAGCUGGUGUUUGUUUAUUUAUAGUGAGAACAAAACUAAACUUAGGCCCUCAAAUACAUACACAGGCAUUCCCAUAUCAGGAUAUACCAAUGCUGUCUGAGGAAACUGUAAAAGAUUCAAGCCCCCAUCACAGUCAGUGACUCAACAUUCUGUAAGCUGUGCUCCACUGGCUGGCUGGUCCAGCCAUCUAUAGUGUAUUUUAACACUACAUGUUAAAUGUGAUAUUGUAGAAUCUGGUUGGUAUAAAAACAGGAUUCUACAGCACAUUCAAAGAAUAUGACCUUUGGGUAGAGGAUCACUGUGCAUUGACAAUUACUAUUAUGUGGCUUAGUGUAUGAAUCAUAUACAUCAGCUUCCACCCACACUGGAACACGUGCAUCAGCUUCUGCCUACAGCCUGUUCUAAAAUGAAAAGGACCAUGUGAUGAGGAUUAGGAACCAGCAUCGGUAGGUGAGAACCCUCUGCUCUGCCCAGGGGAAAGUCAAACGUGUGUAUAACUUCAGGACCACAACGUCUGUCAGCCCAGACUAUGGAACUCCAAAUGGGACUUGAUAAUAUCUUGAGACACAGAUUACUGGAUACUGGUGCAGGAUGCAACGUUCGCUUGGGGAAGAUGCCCUAGAAAUUAGAAACGUCGUCAAAAGGAUGGGAAGGAAAUUCAAAUAGAUACCUUUACACUACAAGGACAUCAACAUCACGCUCAUAGAAGCAGACAAAGACAUCAACAU